GAGAGGAAGCCAGUGCGGGCCUGGGCCCAGCCGUAGCUGCUUCUCAGGGGCGCCCUCCCCCCUCCGGCCAGCAGCAGGCACGCAGAGGGCGCUGGAGGCUGGAGCCGGGGAGGCCUGUUAAGAGUUGUAAUCAUGAUUGUUGACUGGAUUGGAUUUGGUUAUGCGGCAGUGGUGGCAAUUGGUGGUGGUAUAGGAUACGUUCGCAAAGGAAGUAUAGUCUCGUUGGCUGCAGGUCUUUUCUUUGGUUUGGUGUCUGGUUAUGGAGCAUAUUGCGUAACACAUAAUCCCAGAGAUGUGAAGAUAUCAUUAUUUUCAGCUUUCAUUCUGACCAUUAUAAUGGGCAUGAGGUUCAAGAGGUCCAAGAAAUUAAUUCCGGCUGGACUAAUAGCUGGUUUAAGCCUUUUGAUGAUACUGAGAUUGGUUUUUCUGCUGCUAUAAGAGACAACAGCAACUAAGGACUGAAGUAUAAAUAUUUCCCUUCAGCAAGCAGCCAAGCUCUUUGUACUUGAAAUAUGUUUCUCUUUUGUAUUUUUUCACUGUAAAAGUUAACAAAUAUACCUGCAAUUUAAUUCCUCAAAGUUCUCUAUGCUGAAAGCUUUUUUUUAAGCAAACAAGGAGGUUUUUGUUUGUUUCUUUCUUUCAUCAUUGUUUUCAUUUAAGCAACUUAUUGGCUGGAUUUUUUCCCAGAAGUGUGAGAGCAUAACAGCACGAUAGAAAUCAGGUGAUGUUAGAAAUGUUCUGCACAUUUGAAACUCAAGCUAUGUAUGGAUAUUUCAUUAAGCCAAAAAGUGUGUAGUAUUAAAACAUAAUCUUGUAAGCAUCUAACGAUAAAUAAUCAACAGCAGCUCCACAUAAUGUACAAACUAUAGUCUUGUCAAUACUGAUCAUGUAAUGCCACACUGUAUUUUAUCAAAAUCACUAACAGAUGAAGAGGUAUAUGCUUGUGUUCUGCAUUGCACUGCUAGAAUAUAUUUUGUUUCUAAAUAUGUAAAUAUUUCCUUCUACUGGAAAUGUAGAAUGUACACACCAAAUAAAAGAUGGACCAAUUAAAACAG